AUGGACCUCUAUUGCUGGCGCUUAUGCGAAGCAGUGCUCUGCGUUGGCAUUGCUUGCGAGAUCAGGAGGUCGUUCUUGCAGAUUGCUGUUUUGGUAGUCUGGAUGAGAGAUUCGACGAGGAUCCGGAAUGCUGUGAUAUCUUUUCCCCCGUCUUCCCAACCCUUGCUCUCUACAUUCUGGGCACGGGCGUCAGACGUCCAUCUCCGAAAUGCCAUGAUCCUACAAACUUACCCACAGUUCCUUUACUUCUCUCUCCGGACUGUUGCAUUUUCCAUAUCAUCGUAUGCCGAGUUUCGGUGGAUCCAAGAGCAUCAGGACUAUAGCCGCUUGAAGCAACGAUGUCGACAAAAGUUUCUGCAGGAGACAGUCACCAAAAUUCUGGUCGUGAAAGGGUCUGUGAUUUUGACUGAUCUCUUGCGUCGAAGAAUUGGACAGGCAUCAAUAUGCACGCGAGCCGUCGUCAAACCCAGGACAUUCGAAUACGUUACUCGCAGUGGAACGAUUUCGUAUAAUCAUAAAACUUACCAGAUUGACUCCGUAGCUCAACCGUAG